AUGGCUGAGCCCAUAAUUCAUCAUAGGACACCUCAAUUUAGUCAGGUUCUAACAGAAACUGGAGGUAUGCUCCGAGAGCUAUACCAAACCGAACAACCAGUCCUCAUGAUCAGCGGUAGUGGCACCGCAGGCAUGGAAGCUGUUGUCGCAAACCUUAUUGCUCCCAAUGACAAGGCACUCAUUGUACGAGCAGGAAAAUUUGGCGAACGUUGGUCUGAAUUAGUUACAGCUUAUGGCGGCAUUUCAAUCAAUAUCGAUGUUCCUUGGGGUGAAGCCGUUGACCCAAAGAUUGUGUCACAAAAACUCGCUGAGACCUCCGAUAUUGUUGCUGUUUUUGUUCAAGCUUCAGAAACCUCAACAGCAACCGAACAUCCGAUUGAGGAACUUGCAAAAAUAAUACAUCAACAGCAUAAUCAGGUUCUAUUAUGCGUCGAUGGCAUAACAGGUGUUGGUUGUUUUCCGCUACAGAUGGAUGAAUGGGGUAUAGAUGCUCUAGUCUGUGGUAGCCAAAAAGCCUUACAAUUACCACCUGGUUUAGCAACAAUUUCAUUAAGUGAACGUGCCUGGCAACGUGCAGAAUCACACCAAAAAACAAGUACUUACUACCUCGAUUUAUGUAAAGAAAAAAAAGCACAAGUAGAACAAAGAACAACUGCCUGGACAGCACCUGUUAGCCUCAUCAAUGGUUUACAUGAAGUAUUAACAAACGUUUUAAAUACUGGUCUAGAUAACAUAUUCGAGCACCACCAACGUCUUGCAAAGGCUACCCAGUCAGGCUUACAAGCUAUUGGGCUAAAGCUCUAUUCUCAAGCACCCAGCCGCUCUGUAACAGCUGCUUGGGUACCAGAUGGUGUCGAUGGCGGCGCGCUUGUCAAAUAUUUACGAGAUACGGUUGGUGUAACCAUCGCUGGUGGCCAAGCAAAACUUAAAGGAAAAAUCAUCCGUAUCGGGCAUCUAGGUUACGUUGACACAUUUGAUAUUAUUGCUGGUCUAACAGCUAUAGAAUUAGGUCUAGAUCGCCUUGGGCAUCCCGUUCACUUUGGUAGAGGCCCCGCAGCAGCAAUGGACAUCCUAAAAGAAGGAUAUGCUAAAGGAUAA